GUUAUGCGUUCAAGGGAGUGAAGGACAACCUCGGAAGAACAUCACGCAUACGAAGAGGAGGAGAACCAUUGAGAAAGAAUGGGAAGAGAAGGAGACAAUCGAUCUGAGGGAUCCGAAGGUGGCGGGGCUGCUGAGGGCGAAAAACGAGAUGUGUCACGGGAUGCAGCAGGUAAUGAGCUGAGGACCGACACUGAAGAAUAUGAUGAGACAGAGGAUGGUGAAGGAGGUAACACGGGCACAUUCAACGAAGGACAAUCGUAUAGAGAAGAUGAGAGCAACGAAGAAGAGGAGAGUGACAAUGGGUAUAACAACGCACAGGAUGGCGAUGACGAGGAUGAUGAUGAUGAAGAGCCAUCCCAAAGCAGUAGCAGGGAAGAAAGGCGUAGCGAGGACAAUAGAAAAAAGACAUAUCGAAAAACGAGGGGAGGAACAAGUGAUGAAGGCAGAGAGGAAAGUAACGCCGACAAACAGUUAGUUCCGAAGGAGAAGACAAUUGAAGGACGUAAGUAAACAAUGUAUGAGAAAAAUCAAAACCUCAGACGGAA